CCCCACAAACAAUGCUGACCUACAAAAAGGUCAGUCUGGCUGUCUGAGUCUAACCUUCCCAAAUGUGAGGCCCCCGUAAGGGGUUAACAGGAACAAACAAGCGAUUUUAUGUACUGUAAGCUUCACUCUGAGACAUUGACAUUGACCCUAGCCGAGUCACGGAGUCAAUGAGGAUAUCAGAUGUGUUUUCCAAGACAUUUGGGCUGUUGAGUACUGUUUAAAGGCUGUCUACAAAUGUCUUGGUUGUCUGUACCAUCUGUUAUAAGAAGUUCCAGAAACGACGACUAUUACGCAUACGGAACAAGACCUGGGGACAAUGACGACUCGAUUGUGAAAUCAUCGUGACAGUUAACCAUUUCAGCAGUGGGUAGCAGAGGUCAUCAACUGACGCUUACACGGCAAGACAAUCUUCAAGAUGAAGACGUUCCUCUACACUUGUCUUAUUCUUCUCCCUGUGGUUGCCUUUAGUUUACCAGCUGACAGAGGCUAUCAACAGGCAGCAAGGGAUCUGGAAUCCAUGAUGGCUGAGUUUAUGCACAUCGAAAAGCCGAAACCAACAAUCGCCCUGGAAGCAGCACAGACUGUAAAGGCAGAAGAGAACUACAAGAAGGCCUCGGAGACAAGAGAUCUGGAGUCCAUGAUGGCUGAGUUUAUGCACCUCGACAAACCCAAGCCAACAAUCGCCAUGGAAGCAGCGCAGACGGUAAAGGCAGAAGAGAACUACAAGAAGGUACAAGAAGAAAAACUGACUGAGAAGCUGGAGGAAUUGGAGACCAGUGUCCUCAUGCUGAAAAUCAAGAAGAUGGUGGAAGAAAUCAAGAAAGAUCUUUGGGCUUAGGAGAAUAAUUAUCUUGCAUAGCAUGGUUUAUAAUCAAGAGAAUAUAAAAAGAUAAUUAGAACCUUCUCCAGACUACAAUGCAUGAUGUAAGUUCCGGGUGGUUAUAGCUUUUCAAGUUCUUAACAUGUUGUAUUAAGCACAUACACGUAGUUUUACAGAUGUUGGUGGACUCUUUCCAAUAAAAAAAUUAAGUUAUCAUAAAAGGUUAAGUCCUCCCAUCUUGGCAUCUCGCAUGUUUUUGUGCUUCUUGAAUACAGGAAUGAAAGAGUUGUUGGCUGUUAACAGUUAUAUCAUGUUUUGUCACUUCAAUCCUUUUAUGCAAACCUAUAUGUCUAUAGUAAAUGGUCACAGUAAAGGGGUGGUCAGUAUAACAUGAUUCUCAUUAUGCUUCUGUCAAUGUGAAAAAUAAUCUAAGGGGCCACCCAAGAAGUAGCCACAACAUUCUGGUUGUCCUUAUGCAGGGUUGGUCAUCAGUUGAACUAAGGACUAGUGCUGUAUACCUAAAGCCACAUUAGGUUCAGGUCUGGAUUUAAGUCCAAGAUUUAGGUUCAGUUCCAGAACUUAACCCAUGACAUAUACAAAAUUGCA